CCCUUCUUGCCCUUGAUUUAUGUUAUUUCCUGCAAGUCGCAUCCUGCUGACCACCUGUUUUCGUGCCCCAAUUCAAUACCUUUCCACCAAACAAACCGUCGGAGUCAUCAUGGGCAUCGCCGAUACACGCUUCAAGCUCAACACCGGAGCUGAGAUCCCGGCUCUCGGACUUGGAACCUGGCAAUCCGCCCCCGGCGAGGUCGAGAAGGCGGUGCGCCAUGCCAUUCAGGUGGGAUACCGCCAUAUUGACACGGCAUUCGCCUAUCAGAACGAGAACGAGGUCGGCAAGGCCAUCAACGAUGCCAUUGCCGCCGGGGAAGUCAAGCGCGAGGACCUGUUCGUCACCACCAAGCUCUGGUGCACGGGACACACCCGCGUGCAGGAGGCUUUGGACGAGAGCUUGAAGUUGUUGGGAAUGAGCUACAUUGAUCUGUACCUCGUCCACUGGCCCGUGGCCAUGAACCCCAAUGGAAACCACCCGGUCGUUCCCAAGCUGCCCGACGGCUCGCGGGAUCUUUUGCGCGACCACUCGCACGUCGAGACGUGGGAGAGCAUGGAGAAGCUGGUGGGAACCGGCAAAGUGAAGGCCAUCGGUGUCUGCAACUACAGUCGACCCUACUUGGAGGAGCUCCUCGCCCAGGCCACGGUCACCCCCGCCGUCAACCAGAUCGAGAACCACCCGUCUCUGCCUCAGCAGGAGGCUGUGGACUUCUGCAAGGAGAAGGGCAUUCAUGUCACCGCUUACAGCCCUCUGGGCAGCACGGGUAGCCCGCUGUUCUCCGCAGAACCCAUCGUCGAGGUGGCUAAGAAGAGGGGUGUCUCCCCCGCUACGGUUCUCCUCAGCUGGCACAUUUCCCGUGGCUCCUCCGUUCUUGCCAAGUCGGUGACUCCUUCUCGUAUCGAGGUCAACCGCCAGCUGGUCGAGCUGGACGAGUCAGAUCUGGCCACUAUAGCCAAGUACACGGACGAGCUGGCUCGGACCAAGACCUUCAAGCGCUACGUUUUCCCGCCCUUUGGUCUUGACUUUGGCUUCCCCGACAAGGUUGCAAACUGAAACUUUCAAACAAUGCCCCAGUACAUACAUUAUGAAGGGCAGAGAGGUACAUAGAAAGAUAGAAGCCAUCAAAUGGAUGGUUAGAGGGAAGGACAAAUGGUAACUAUUUGUAUAUGAC